AUGGGGGCCGGGGGUCUCCUGGAGCGGGUGGGGGGCUGGGGCCGGUUCCACGUCCUGCAGGUGUCUCUGAUGGCCGUGCCGCUGCUCUUCGUGGGCAGCCACAACUUCCUACAGAACUUCAGCGCCGCCGUCCCGCCCCAUCGCUGCCGGGGGUCCGGGCACCCCCGGCCCGAAGACCCCCCAGAGGGGCCGGAGGGCUGCGUCCGUCUCCCGGCCAAUGGCACCAAUGCCACCGAGGCCUGUACGGAGGGCUGGGUGUUCGACCAGAGCGUGUUCGCUGCCACCAUUGCAACUGAGUGGGAGCUAGUGUGUGGCCAGCGGAGUCUACGGGGCAUGGCCCAGUCCAUCUACAUGACCGGCACGCUCCUGGGGUCCGUGGGCUUCGGGGGGCUGGCCGACAGGCUGGGCCGCCGGGUGGUGUUUCUCUGGUCCCUUCUGCAGGUGGUGGGGUUCAGCACAGGGGCAGCUCUGGCCCCGUCGUUCCCCUGGUACUGCGUUUGCCGCUUCCUCUGUGGGAUGGGCAUCUCCGGCCUGCUCAUCAACGGCAUCGGCCUCACUCUGGAGUGGACGCCACCCCGACGCCGGGCCCCGGUGGUUGCCGUGCUGUCCUGUUGGGUCACCAUGGGGCAGGUGACCUUGGCUGGGCUGGCCUUUUGUUUCCGCCACUGGAGACACUUGCAGCUGGUCGUCGGCCUCCCCUGCGGACUGAGUCUCCUGUGCAGCUGGUGGCUUCCCGAAUCAGCCCGCUGGCUGCUGGCCAAGGGGCGUCCACAUGAGGCUCAGCGGUCCUUGCGGCUCGUGGCCAGAGUCAACGGGGUCCCGGGGGCUGGGGAGGGUCUCUCUCUGGAGAUGCCGGAGGCCGAACAGCCUCAGGAGCCCGGAACGACCGAGGGGGCCUCUGUUCUGGACCUGUUCCGCCGUCCGGCGAUGCGGACGGUCACGACCUGCAUCACGGCUAUCUGGUUCUCGUCCUCGCUGGCUUUCUACGCCCUGGCCUUGGACGUGCAGCGAUUUCCCGGCGAGGACCCUUUCGUGGUGCAGCUGGUCCUGGGCGCCGCCGACCUGCCCUUCCGCCUCCUGGUCGUGGGGCCGGCGAACAGACUGGGCCGCCGAAUCACUCAGGCCUCCUGCCUGCUGCUGGGCGGGGGCCUGGGCCUGCUGGGCCUCCUCGUGCCCCGUGAGCUGGGCUGGCUGAACAUGGUGCUGACCGUCCUGGGCAAGGGCCUGAUGUCGGCUUCGCUCACCUGCGCCUACCUCUUCGCCAGCGAGCUGUUCCCCACCCCGCUCCGGCAGACGGGGGUGGGCAUCAUCAGCAUGGUGGCCCGGCUGGGCGCCGUGCUGGCUCCCCUGCUACUGCUGGCCGGUCCUUGGGUGCCCCGGCUGCCUCCGGUGCUGUUCAGCACAGUGGCCCUGGCCUCGGGGCUACUGGUGGCCUUUCUGCCUGAGACCGCGGGUCUGCCCCUGCCUGACACCCUGGAGCAAGCGCAGAGCAGGGUGCAGACGCACAGCUUCUGGAGAGUUUUCCCUUGGAGCCGGGGAGGCGGAGGCGGAGAGGGGACUUGGCAGACCAAACUCUGAGUCCUCCUCGUCAGCCGGCGGCGGGGAGAGGGACGGGGGAAGGCCGGGACGUGGGUGGGGGUGAUAAAAAGCUGUACCACA